AGCUYCGAAAUCAAUCARUACAAUUCAUCGCCGAUUGUUGUACAUCAUCAUUUGUCUACUCCAUAUUACAARCAAGUGACAAAAAGAAAAAAAGAUCUUUAGUCAAAAUGAAUGACGAAUCGAAUAAAGAAUGGACCUACUACUUCGGUCGAGGAGGCGCUUGCAACCAACAGCGCAAGCAAUCUAAGGUGGUCGGUUUGUUGCAGAAACUGGCUCUYCGCUAUAACCAGUGCCAUCGAGAAGAGAAAAGACUUUUUGCGAAAUGCGAAGUCUAUAAUAUAGUUCUUGAAAAGGGAGGUUCRUUUUUCGAAAUAACGAACAAAAUAGCCGUCGACGUCACGGCGGACGAAAUGAAAUCAACUACAAAGAUCAUGCAAGUUUUUCGAGAUAUAAAUAAACGUAACAAGAAGAGUAAAGGGUCUGCAAAGGCGAAAAAGAAGCCAUCUUUCACUUCUCGAACGAAAAAAAAUAAGCCGUCUUUUUGCACUUUACAAACUACWAGAGCAAGAGAAUCACGAACGACCAAAAUGAAAAUAAAAACUCAACCAAAACGCAGGUGCGUCAAGCCUAGCAUAAUUGAAGCGCCAAUCAUGAAUUGUGUGAGGGAUGCUUUACUGAUGGCCAGCGCGAAAAGUCAAUCGCUUCCUGACACAAGGACAAACAAGCYGGGGUUGGGUACUCCGGUCAGGGGUAACGGAUCCGAGCUGAAGCGACUUAUUGCGGAAAGUAAUCAUCGCUUCUCAACAAAUAAUGAAACAUUUGAUUUAAUGGCCGUGGAACCACCUCAGCUAGAGAACUCGUUUAGUGCACUGAUCAUGGCGGAUGAGGUAACAACGGAACUUCCAACUGAUUCUCAAAUGAGUGUGAACCUACACCUGCACAAAAGAGUACAGCGACUAGAAAAUCUUGUUGGGAUGCUAAUGCAGCAGAUGUAGAGAGUCUAGUGUAGCWAAAUACUUAAACAUGGAAACAGGAAUCACUCGACGCUACGUGUAYCAAAAAAUAUGCAGCGAUCGGAUUUGCGCAACACAAUCUGCUCUCUGGGCURGCAUCAAAUUCCAAKGAAAAUGUUCCGCCCGAUGGUGACUACUUUGACUAAAAAACUUGCUUGAACUCCUGUUACAGCAAAAUCAGAUGCGCGUGAAAAUAUUUGGUCAGCAAGAGCACGCAAAACUAUUUGGUUGCAAGGAAUAAAAUUUGAGCACGUUC